AUGCUGCUCACGGGGUUCUGCGGCCUGGCGUUCAUGGAUGCCCAGCUGCCAAGGGCCUUUGUGGAGCCCGAAGCAGGUCAGGUGCACGCGGCCGGAUAUGGCCGCCCCUCGCCCAGCCUUGAACAAGGCGACGGCGACGGCGACUGCAGCACCUUUUGUGGUCGUGUGGCCUUUGUCGCUUGCAUCGGCUGCGCGCUGCUGGUUGGUCGUGGGUAUGCCACCCACUGCCGCUGGCAGAGGAGUCGCGUCGGAAACGCCGCAUUGAGCAUAUGCAUGAGCCCACGCAGGAGGAACGCUCCGGCCAUUCCUUCCAUCUCCAGCGUCUUCACCAAUGUCUUGGAUGAUGACGACUGGAUGAAGGAGUUGCAGUCGUUUGGGAAGGCAAAGUCCAACCCAUUGCCCGUAUCAAAGUGCCAGGCUUCUCUUGCGUACUCUGCGACUCGCAGCAGGCUGGUUCGAGGGCCGAGCUUGCUGGAAUCUAGGAGCCCCACGUUCCAGCCCGCGGCCGAGGAUUCGGACGAUGAAGGCUUGGACUUUGGGAAAGCAAAGUCCAUGCCAAUGCCACAGUGUCCCGGUAGGAGAGUUCUGUGGCGCCCGUGCUGUACUGCGAGGACAGCGACCCGAAGACCUUCGGCCCCGCCCAUGUCCUGUCCACCGCCUUCUCCUCCAGCUCGCGCUUUAGCUCCCGGACCUUGCCGAGCAGGUCAAGCGAGUCGGCUGAGCCUCUCCCGACCCUGCUGA